AGACUGGGCACUGGUGCACAGGGGUGCGAUAAUUCAGUGUUGUACUCCGCGCAGUGAGGCUUGCACGUACCGUCUCGCCCGGGUCUCCUCUAAAAGUUUAUCGAGUUCGUUUUGACUUUGUGGAGUGUGUGUUCAAGUUUUGUUUGUGUGGAAAAUGUCAAGCACAACUCGACUGGCGUCUGUGGCGCUGCUCCUAGCGCUGGUUUCGGCGUGCACAGCGCUGAAAUGCUGGCAGUGCGGGCAGUACAGCGACGGCGUUGGCAGUAUUACGCCGUGCGCUAACCGAAGCGCGGCGCGCUUAGACAACUGCCCGAAUAACGCCAGAUACUGUAUCAAAUAUGUGAGCGAGUUGACAGUGGUCCGGGACUGUGUUCCUACUUGCAGUGAAAAAGAAUGGUGGGGCGCGCGCACGUUUUGCUGCGACACGGACGAGUGCAACUCUGCGCCCGCGCAUGUUUCUCUCCUGUCCGCCGUCUGCGUAGGAGUAGCCAUUCUGUACGCCGCGCGCUGACCGAACAGCUAAGACAGAGGCUUAAAUCCAUGAGCCUUGUUUCGUUUGGGUUCUUUAUUUGUGUUGA